UCAGCUGACCCAAGGGCUCAUCUGCAGUAGGUGAUCUAUUUAAACUCGUAGAGUUGCAAUGAGUAGAGUUUGUCUUUAUCAUGAAAAAUCACAUGUUUGUGUAUGUCUGUUUGUCUUGGUAUGUUUAGUGCAGCUUAUAUUUUAAUAACAAUAACCAUAAUUGGUAACCAACAAACAUCAUGUUUAACAUCCAUAAUUUAACGUUAUCGCUGGAGAACGACGGCGCCACUGUGAAUGUAAGCAACUCUACAUAUGAAACUAGCGAACUCUCCAACCGGGCUGCCAAAAUCUGCAUUAUAUCCGUGCUCGGGACAUUGAUCAUUUUGGGUAACCUGGCCGUCAUCUUGGUGAUCGCUUCCUCGGUAGCUGGCUGGUCUAAAAAUACCCGGUACUUUUUGAUUUCCCUUACUGGUGCGGACGCAGCCUUGGCACUCAUCGUAAUGCCAUUAAACCUCUACGGAAGCCUGGUUAGGGAAUACAAAGACGAGCCAGACUCGUACUGCCAUGUGGUGGCAUUUUUCAACUCGUCGAUUUUCGCCUCUUGUAUCUACUCGCUGGCCACCAUAAGCCUGGAGAGAUACAUCUCUGUGUUCUACCCACUGAAGUACCCCAUCGUGUUGACGAAAAACAGGAUCCGAGCUCUGAUCGCGGUAGCUUGGUUCUUUCCACCUGUGCUACUGUUGCCGAUUUCCAUUCCUGGUGGCAUCGUGAAAGUGUACUUCUCCAGCGCCUCCUUAGUUUGCAACCCUGAUUACUCAAGUAAUGUCGCGUAUUCCCUCACUCUGACAGCCCUCAUUUUUUUCCCCUGCUCAAUCAUCAUGACGUUUGCCAAUUUCCGUCUGUGGUUUACAGCCAGGAGACAAAGAAAGAAGUUCAGAAAUUACAAGCUGGGGGUCCGCAGCAGCCCGGACUCUGCCUCCAGGGUCCUCGUGCCCGUUAUGAUUGUUUUCUACACGUGCUGGACCCCAUGUAUGAUCACCAUCCUCUACACAGCAAUUUCCCGGCACAGAGUUCCGGAGUGGGUGGAGUUUGUGGCAGUGUGGCUGCCCAGUGCUAAUGGCUUUCUCAACUGCAUCGUCUACUUCUGGCUGAACCGCAGCUUCCGCAGGAAGUUCCAGCUGCUGGGGCGGAGGCUGUGUCUGCCAGUGUUCCCUGAGGUGGGCAUGGGAGUGGGGAUCAGGGGCCCAGCUGACAUCAGUGCGGUGAGUCAAGCAUGGGAGAACAACAAUUCCAUUCCAGAGCGUUCUUGCAGCAUGUCCUCCAGCUGCACCCUGCUGCCCCACCAUGCCACAGAGAGCUACCUAUAACAGCAUGUUGCUUUUUCCCUUCAGCCAGGUACUUGCAUUGUUGCACACUGAACAAACAACCAGUCGCUUGGUUGGGUGCAUCUGUCAACUCUCCAUCAUACUUGGAGCAACUUGAUUACAGUGAUGUUUCCACAUGAAACACAAUGCAAGUUUCGGGCAACUAGAAACCUAUUUGGAACAUUUUCUCAACGUGCAAAGUUUAACCAACAAAACAUUAUUUUCAGCAUUAUAGUGAAAAUUAUUAUCUACAAAUAGUUGCUUCAACAGCUACCAGAAAACAAUGCUUUGUGUUUCAGGGUCUUUAUGUAUUUGACAUCUGCCACAAUGGGUCUUUUUUAAGGUUAAAUAUCAUGUUUUAGAAUAUCUUGCAUAAAUGUUUUGGGAAAAAAAAGCAGUAAUGGCCAAAAAUGCACAAUGAAUCCUAAGAAUUCAUAUGGAUUAAGUGUUGCCAACAUUUGUCCUGCAACAUAGUUUAUUGGCAUUCAAUCUUUUCAGUUCAACUAUGUUACAGGUUCUUUUCCUUUUUAAUUAUGUGUUUUUUUACCCUAUUAUACUAGCCCCUAAAUAUGGAGCAGGAGUAGUAUAAAUAUAACUAAUCCACAACUGAGAUGAGAAUAUUUUUGCAUUUGUGGAAAGUAGAUCAUUUAAACUUAAGAGUUAUUGACAGCUGGUGCUGGAAUAAGGGGGCAUAUCAUUGGGGAUGAUUUUGAAGCAGCUCUGCCAACAUUUAGAAUCCUGCCCAGUCUGCCUUACAUUUAAAAAAAAAAAAAAAAUUCAUUUUAAAAGUCAAAACCUGCCUAGUUCUUUGGGGUUUACACUUAAUUGGAGUUAACGGAAACACCAUUUUAUCUAUGAGGUUUGCAUGCAUUUCUUCAUUUGCUCCCCACCUUCCACCCCACCUCAAUUUUUGUUUGUUUCAUGGGCAAUGGAGUCUAUUUAAAUUGCUAUUAAAAUAUAUGGAUGUGCAGCAUAUAAUUUAGUCUAAUGUAGCCUCCUACCUGGUAAUACUGUACAGGAAGCUAUGCCAAAAGAUGCAACAUGCUGUUCUGUACUCGCACUUAAAGCUGCAUAAAGCUAUCCGUCUUAGUUAAUAUUAUUUUCUGUUUGUUACCGAGUAAUUCACAUUCAUUUCUGUGUUGUUGACACAAGUCACAUAAUCUGAACUCUUUGUUUUGCACUGGUUAAGUUCUCACUAAUAUCACAGCAAGUUAUUUAUUUUUAAUGUAUAGUUGCAAUGUAGUUGGAAUGUUUUGUAAUAUAUAAUUUAUUCUGCCCCACUUUGGGGCGUCCUGGGGCUUACUACGCUAUAGAUACCUUGGCUGAUCACGCCUACAUUUCACUUGUCAAUGCCAAGCAACUAGAACUGGAGAGAAGCCAAGUCAAAAAGCCCUUAACAAACAGACAAAUGAACUAUAUAUAUAUAUUAUUGCAGCAUAUUGCAGCAGUAAUUGUGAACAUCAUAAAAUGGUAAGAUCACAAAAAAAAUUGCCACGGCCUCUAAUAAAUAUCGACCCUUCCUACCGUGAAUGCAAGAUCCAUUUAUAACCCAUGUAGGGGAUCCCAGGCACUUUAAAUGGCAGCUACAAGCCAUAUUUGUUUCCCUUAAGUGCUGUGGACAAGUAAACAGACCUAUCGGGACCAGUACUCAGAAAUCUGAAGAAUAUGCUUAACCUUGAAAGUUCAUCUACUAUCCUCAUGUCAUAUAUCAUCUGAAGGUUGCAGUAUAAUAACUGGUUUAAACAAUCUGUGCAUUUUAAUAAUUCAUUUUGUAAAUGCUCAUUUAAUAUACGUAAUUAACAAAUACUCCAUGUCCUGUAAUGGUUUAAAUACCCUGUUAAUGCUGCUUUUGAAUGUAAAUAAUUCUUACCUUGGGAUGCUGAAAUCCACACAAGGGUAUGUGGAAUUCAUCUUCCCAAACAAAGAAACACUAUUCCAGGUAAUCUUGGUCUUUUUCAUCCAAAAGUGUAAGGGAAAAAAAACUAAACUGAAAAAUGCCCACAAAACAAAUAUACUACCACAGUUCUUUAAGUAAAGGUUUACACAUUGGAUGGAUUGUGGGGAGCAGGUGGGUCAACGUGUGUCUUUAAAAUAUAUGAUGCAUACAAAUGGUUGCUUUAGAUAUCUGGCAAAUCUUUUCCAUCUUUUUGCCAUUGAAAUUGUCUUAUUUAAGGACAUUUGGUAAAUGAAGGAAGAAUCAUGCAUUUACCAAUGUAAAUCAACUGGUUAGAUCAUCCCCAGUAUCCAGCAAAUGCCAUUGGUUAGAAUGUUGCCAUAGUUCUAAAUUCUCAGUUUAUGAAUGUUAGCAUAAUAGUGUAGAUAAUACUGAAUGUAUAUCAUUUUCUAUAGGAAAGUGUUUAACAUUUUUGCACUAAUCUACAGCCGCAGUCUGUCGGUAUGGCAGAGGCGAAUUAAUUCUGUUGUAGAAAAGGAGAAUCGUGUGUCAAACAUUUUAUCGUAAUGGCAUAAAAUAUUAAAUAGGUAGUCUGGUAUCACAGUGUUAUGGGGUAAUUAAUAAUAUAGUUAAGAAAUUGUCUAUUUGUGUUUAUUGCAUGAAAAACGUAUUUACUUAAUUUAUUAAACAGAUUAAUAAAGAUAUUGAUUAAUUUAUUGUGUAUCAUACCGUAUUUGUUAAAUGUUUUGUUUUACUGUUAUAAAAAAAUGAAAAAAAAAUGAACAAAUUGAUUUAUAAAAUUUUUGUGAUUUAAGAAAGUGCUUAUUUUUGUUUUGUAUUUGCAAAAAAAGUUGAAUUGUUAAGACAAUAAAGCUUUACGCCUUCAUUGUAAA